UUCGAAAUGUGACCUUGCGUGAACUUUCCUUCCUCUGAACAGCCAUCCAUAUCUUGUUCUGUUUGUUCCAGGCAACCUCCUUCGUUCCCAUCUCGCCGUCCAGCUUGAAGCGAGGUGCCACAAGCAAGACAGGGCAGAAAAGAUGCCUCGACCCAUCCUUCCCCCGACCCCUGCAUCCUCCACCGACCUCAAAGCCCAGGAUGGUGCCAAGCAACUUGCCGCCCUCCAGCUGUCCUUCGAGCUGCCACCACCAGCCAUGACCUCGCAUGAGCACCCGCAACAGCCCUCGUCGUCCGAGCCAAACAGGGUCUCACCUACUGCUACUACGGGCGGCGCUGCGCCCCAGCAGACGCCCCCAGAGACACCGUACCCAGUGCAGCCGAGUGAGACGGUCAAGUCCCGCAGGCGGUCCUCGGCCAACCAGCCGCCGAAGAGCCAGUUCUCCCUGCCCCCGCCCCCGACCCGGUCGCGGAAGAUCAUCCAGGUGAAGCCGCGCUCACCGGACGAGCACCGCGGUUCCGGUCCCGGUUCCGGGCCCGGGCCAUCCAGCGGCGGCGGCGCGAAGGGCGCGGGUGGUGCCGCAAGGUCGUCGGCGCACGCGGGCUCGCAGCAGCAGGCCACGACGGCGACGGCAGCCACCCCGGCUGCGGCUGGCGGAUCGAAGAAGAAGCAGCCGUCGGCGACGAGCGCGGCCGGGAGGAAGAUCGCGAGGAAGACGGCGCAUAGCCUCAUCGAGCGGCGGAGAAGGUCGAAGAUGAAUGAGGAGUUUGCCGUGCUGAAGGGCAUGGUCCCCGCUUGUACGGGGGAGAUGCAUAAGCUUGCUAUUCUUCAGGCAUCUAUCGAAUACCUCAGAUACCUCGAGGAUUGUGUGGCCAGAUUAAAGGCUCGACAGGACGUGGACCCGGAGUCUCAGCCCGUCGAGCUCAGUCAGCCACCGCGCCCUGAUCGUGAACAGUUCCAUGCCGAACCUCGGUCCCAGUCAUUCACAGGAGGCAACUCGCCGGAUGUGGAUAUGACAGGAUCAGAAGAAAGGUCUCCAACAUGGACAGGAAGCCAUCCCCGGUCACAGCAACCGUCGGUUUCGCCAGCUCUCAUUGGCCGAGACUCCGGAUUGAAUUACAACUCGCGGCCUUCAGUCUCGACGGACCAACGUCACUAUAGCUUCAGUGCGUCCGGGGACGUCUCUCCGGCCCUCGGUCCGCAGGCCUAUCACUAUGCGCAUAGCACUCAUUCUGCCUCUGGAUCAACACUCACCAGCCCCGCGCUUGCUCCGCAGAGAGACAUCGACCAGGAAGCAACCGCGGCUCUGCUGAUGCUCAACCAGAUCGACCGCAGAGGUAUCAAUAGGACCCCGAGUGGCCGGGGGAUGAGUGUCCGGGAUCUCUUGACCACUUGAGGAAUGCCGGCGGCCAAAUGGAAACAACACGCUCGUCGUUUCGACCUUCCUUGCUCUGUCCAUGGAUGAAGCGGCCUAGGUGGCAGUGGGAGCCUGAAGAUCGGAGACUUGUCCCAAAAAGCUUAACUUGUUUCUCCGCCCGGGUGAAUGCUCGGCGCCAGCAUCUGGAAAGAGGAAUACAGCUCAAAGUACCAGGGCAUGGAGCCUUUGGUUAUUCAUUGCCAAACUGCUUCGCAGAUUACUGUCACACAUUCGUACACAGCGCCUUCUCUCAUUUCGUUCUGGUACGGCUCAUUCUCUGUGCCCCUCGCCGCCAUAUACCUCUA